AUGUCCUAUGCCAUUGGAAUUGAUUUAGGUACUACAUACUCUUGUGUAGGUGUAUUUCGCAAUCAAAGAGUUGAGAUCAUACCUAACGAGUUAGGGAAAAGAACCACACCGUCUUGUGUUGCUUUCAACUCUUUCCAUACACAUAUUGGAGAAGCUGCUGUUAACGAAAGAGCUGAAAAUCCAACCAAUACUAUCUUUGGGAUUAAGAGAAUCAUUGGAAAAGAUAGCUAUGAUGAUGUUGGAAAGUUUCCCUUUGAAAUCACAAAACUGAAGAGUGGUCUUGUUAUAAAGGUAAGUUUCAAUGGAAAGAAGAGGAAACUUAAACCUGAACUAAUAUCGGCCAUGAUCCUAAGGAAGCUAAAGACUGACGCAGAAAUUUAUUUAGGAGCGGACGUUAAGAACGCAGUUAUUACAGUUCCAGCUACUUUCAAUGACAAGCAGAGGCAAGCAACUAAAGAUGCAGCUCUAAUUGCUGGACUCAAUGUGAAGAGAAUAAUUAAUGAACCCACUGCAGCAGCUCUUUCUUAUGGUAUUGAUAAGAAACAAGAGACUCUAAACGUACUUGUCUACGAUUUAGGAGGUGGUACUUUAGAUGUUUCUCUAUUAGAAGUCACAGAGGGAAAAUUCACAGUUAAGGCUACAGCAGGAAUUUCACAUUUAGGGGGAGAAGAUUUCGAUGACCAGUUGGUUAAUUAUCUCGUAUCUGACAUCAAUAAGCAAUUCAAGGAAGACAUCUUGCGAAACCCUAGAGUACUCAUGAGGUUAAAGCUUGCGUGCGAAAGAGCGAAGAUAAUGCUUUCGGCUUACUCCCAAACCACAAUCGAACUAGAUUCCUUGGUGGGAGGCCACGACUAUUCCGUAAUUGUGACAAGAGCUAAGUUUGAAAAUCUCUGCCUAGGGUUAUUCAAGAGGACGUUAGAUCCAAUUAAGCAAGUUCUUCGAGAGAACAAUGAAUGUCAUGUUGACGAGAUCGUCAUGGUAGGAGGUUCAUCAAAGAUUCCAAAGAUUCAAGAAAUUGUUUCUCUGUACUUCGGCAAUAAAGUUCUCAAUACGUCUAUGAAUCCCGACGAAGCAAUUGCUGCUGGUGCUGCAAUUCAAGCUGCCAUGCUAAGCAAGAACUGCCCAAUGGAUCUUGAGAAGAUCACAUUGGUCGAUAUUACCCCUUUGUCUUUGGGAAUUGAAAUAACGGGCAAAGUCUUCGAUAUCGUGGUUCCUAAAAACUCCAUUCUUCCAGUCAAGGUUACCAAGGGCUACACAACUGCUUUUUCCAACCAGACACUAAUUAAGAUACUCGUUCUUGAAGGAGAAAGACCGCUAUCAACUGAUAAUAGGGCAUUGGGUGAGUUUGUGUUGAAAGUUCCUAAGGCUCCCAUAGGAACAGUAAAGAUAGAUGUAUCUUUUACAAUUGAUGAAAAUGGGAUCCUAACAGUAAGUGCUGUGGACAAGAUGUCCUACUCUCACAAGGAGAUUAUUAUUGAAGGUCAGAAUCGAAGACUCACCAACGAAGAAAUAAAAGCAAUGGUCAAAGAAGCGGAGGAAUUUAGGGCAGUAGACGAAAAGAAGCUUCGUGCUGUUAGAGCUGUCAAAGCGGAAAAAGAAUUGAGGUUAUUUCUAAGUAGCAUCAACUUUUCAGAAGAUGGAGAGCUGGGAUCAAAUAUCACCCCUGAAGAUCGCGAAACUUUGCAAACCACAAGCACAGAAGUAUUUGAGUGGGUUGAGAAAAAUAAGGAUGUCAGUACAGAGGAGUACAUCACCAAACGAGAUUUCUUGAGGUCUUUA